AUGUCUUCAGGUGAAAUAUAUACUACCCUGGCUGGCGAUGGCUCUGCUAUCCGUACUCCGGCCCCGGCGUCUGGACUCGACUUGCCUUCUGUGGAUCUGGUUCUCCAAGACCUUCCCCAAAUAUCUACAUCUCUACCAUCCAGAGACACAGAGACGAUUGACUCUGAAGAACAAGAGAUGAUGUUUCGUUCCUUGAAAAGCAUCAUUGAACCUGUCGAGGGGACGGCUGAGGUUGCAGGUAGCUUCGAUCUCAAGGAACUUCACGCAUCCCUGGAACAAGCGGAUGCCGAUGCACGUCGCGGCCGGCGAGACCUCGAGUCUCUGCGGAGUGUGCGUACCAUUAUUGACCGUCUCUGGUCCUGCAAUUCCGAGUAUCUGGCUCAGGCGGCUGAAGUGCUAGCCAACGGGAGUCGAGACCCGUCCUGGCGUAUUCCAUUCGGCCAGUCCGGUAUAUUGAAGUUCUUCUUGGAGAUCAUCUCAUCGAAGGAAGAAAAUGAUACCGGACUGUUACUUCACGCUUUGCGUCUUGUUGGCAAUUCGUGUGCUGAUACAGAUGAAAACAGGGACAUUGUUAUCAAGGACAACUAUACCCUUGCUGUCAUACGGCACUUCUUGAACCCGGAGUUAAUUCAGGUUGCGAUCCCUGUAAUUUACAAUAUUUGCAUGGAUUACGAGCCCGCACACUCUCAGAUGGCUGCGAAUAUGACGGCGUAUAUACUGCUGAGACUCCUGAAAGACGGUGCCAUGAAGGAGAACGAUGCUUUACUGAGCUUUUCCUACGACUUGGUUGAGCUGGCUUCGGAGCAAGUGCAAGGAAUUGAGAACUCUCCCGGUGGCACGAUCCUGCUACUUAUGGAUCUCGCCCAGGACGAAGACAUGACUCUCGAGUACUACUCGCCCCUGGUAAAUUCUCUCGCCAAAUACCUGGAAAACGAAAGGUUCCAGAAUGUCUGCAUUUCAGACGGCAUGGUUGAAGGUGUCCUGGUUACCUUGCGCCGAUCUUUCUCCAUCGAAAUCGACCAGUCUUCUGUGGAGGAAACUAAAGCCAUUCUCCAACUACGUCUCAAGAUUAACCAAGCCCUGGCCGAAGUUUCAGCAUCAUCGCUGUUUAUGGAGCACUAUCCUCUCAAUUCUGCCCUUUCGCAGACGUUGAAGUCAUGGGUCGUUGCCGACGAUGAUCAACUUCAGAUCUGUGCAUGUGUCAUGCUUGGCAAUUUGGCUCGAUCUGACGAAGUCUGUCAAGUGAUGGUACGAGACCUGAAGAUCCACGAGGAAUUGAUUUCUCUCCUGAACAGCGACGCGCGCGGAGCGGUCCUUCACUCUGCUCUGGGUUUCCUGAAGAACCUUGCAAUUGCUGGUGAUAACCGUGUUAGCCUCGCAGAGGCCGGAAUCAUUCCAGCCGUGUCGCGCUUGUGGGCAUAUGACUCUGUCCCACAGGUCCAGUUCUCAGCCGCAUCAAUUGCCAGACAGGUCAUUAUUUCUUCCGUUGAAAAUAUUGCUCAUCUGCUGGCGCCUCUGUCCCAGGAUCCGGAUUCUCCGGAACAAGAACGGACAUAUCUGUCUCUACUCUUGUCUCUGUUUGAGAAAUCGGACUCUUCGCCGAUAAAGACGGAGAUCGGCCGCACUAUCGCUUCUAUCUGCCGGACCAUCAGUCCUAAAGCCCGGGAGGGAGAUGAGAAAGCAAUUUCCAUCUUGAACAAGCUGUACGGUUUGCACGAUGGCGUUGCUCGUCCUCUUGGUGCUAUGACUACGCAGACCCAAUGGCCUGUCGUUCGUAGUGAGGGAUGGUUUGCUUUGGCUUUGAUGGCGAACAACAAGUCUGGGUGUGUUGAGGUGGUCGAUUGUCUCCAGCAAGAGGAGGUGAUGGAACUUCUCAAAGCGACACUGAGUGCGGACCCAUCGAGCGAGAAAGAAUUCGAGGAAACAAACAGCUCUCAGGUCUCCAAAGACCGCGAUAAUGCUUUUGUUCUUGUGCAAGAGUUGUUGAAGAACGAGUCUGGUGCACUUCCGGCAGGCUACCGGGAUACCAUUGAAGAUAUGGUCCGUGAUGCCUCGCAACGCUUGAAAAUGCCCUUCAAUAGCUAG